AUGCACUGCUGCAGCACCCACCCCCAGCCCCCGGCCCCCAGAGCCCAGCGAUCGGGGUCACACAGAGCCCCCAGCGAUCGGGGUCACACAGAGCCCCCAGCGAUCGGGGAUGCCUGUACCUUCUCCCCCGGCUCCGCGGCCAGCUCGCCUCGCUGUCCUGAGCCUGUCCAGCUGUCUCCGGCCUGUCCUUCCCCUUCCUGGACACAGCGGCAGGGAGAGAGCUGCUCGCUGGCCUCUGCUGUGCUGCUCAUGAGGAAGUUGGCGUCUCCCUGCCAGACCCACGGCCAGACCGCAGCGCUCACCUGCCUGCUGUGGAGCUCCAGCUGUCGAGACCCUGCUUCGUACAUUCCAGCCCCCCCCGCUCCUGUGGCAGUGGCUGUGUCCUCCAUCUCUCCUCUCCUCCUUCUCCUUGAAGAGACUCUGGCUGCCUCCCUGCUGACAGGACCUCUCCUCUUCUCCACUCCUGUAUCCAGUGGCAGCACUGCACUCUCCGUGUCCCUGGACAGCUGUGUGGAAGGCACACAGCGCCCUCAAGACAAAGGACACCCCGCCCGCGCCAUCGCCAUGGAGACGAGAGCCAAGCCUGCCGGCGGGGCGAAGGCGGAGCCAGUAAAGGACAGGAAGGAGCUGACGCCCAUGACGCGCAAACCCGCCGACGCCCCCGAGGCCCCGGCGGCCAGCGACCCACCCGCACCCCCUCCGGAGACCCCUGCCCACGCCGCCGAGGAGGCGCCCAACAGCGCCGCCACGCUGGAAAGCUUGAAGCCCUUCCUGCUGGGGGGGGCUGUGAUCGCGGUCGCAGCCGUCGUCGUGGGCGCCGUUCUGCUGGCGCGCAGGAAAUAACCGCUGCGCUGCCAUCACGAGCAGAGCUGGGCGGACAGCCCGCGGCUCGCUGGUCAGCACACACAGACACCCCCCACGCUCCAGCUGUCUGUUGCCUGCUGUCUCCACACCGCGCUCCGGAGUCCGCUGGCCGGCCAGCAGGGGGAGACGGCCCCUGUCCCCUCACACACACACACACUCACACACACACACUCACACUCACACACUCA